AUGGCCGACCUGGGGCAGCCUCAGUUUCCCUCUGCACAGGAGCCGGGCUCCACCUCAUCCCUGGACCUGCCGGAGAUGGAGAAACUCCUCACCAGGGCAGAGAACAAGGAUGGCAAGACCCUGAGUCUGUCUAGCUCCCUCUCGGCGCCUCUGGAUCUGGAGCGGAAUGACCACGGCCUGCCCCUCAAGGCCAUCUCCGAGGGGCAGCUGGAGGCCCCACUGCCUCGGUCCCCCUCCCGGGCCAGCUCCAGGAGGGCCUCCUCCAUCGCCACCACCUCCUAUGUCCAAGACCGGGGAGCCCCCCGAGAUUACCUCGUCCUGGCCGUUGCCUCCUGCUUCUGCCCCGUCUGGCCCCUCAAUCUCAUCCCCCUCAUCUUUUCCAUCAUGUCUCGGAGUAGCCUGCAGCAGGGGAACGUGGACGGUGCCCGGAGGCUGGGCCGCCUGGCCCGAAUGCUUAGCAUCACCCUCAUCAUCAUGGGCCUCAUCAUCAUCAUUGCCGCUGUGACCGUCAACUUCGCAGUUCAGAGGAAAUGAACGGAGCAGGGAGCUGGGCUCGCAGAAGCCGCCUGGCCACCGGGAGAGCUCUGACCCACGCCCCCCACACCACGGGAGGGCAGGGGUGACCGCCCAGCAUCUGCCUGUCCCCACGCUCCAGGAGCACAAACUCGGCGGGAAACUCCGCGGUCCCCCACUGUCCGCCUACACCGAGGGAAGGCCUGGGGUCGGAAAGCCUGCGGGCGACUCGGUUUACUCUCACCGACACAUCCUGGACGUCAACCCCAGCGCCCCGGCUCGUUUCUCAUUCCCAAAACUUCCUGGGUUCUACAAGCCAUGAAAACUGCCAGGACGAGGAAAAAACCCAGCGCCCCACCUGAGACACACCGGCAGGGAGGGAAGCCACAGAGUCCCCCUCCGC